AUGUGGUUAGAGCGCAAAUUUACUGCCCGGAAGGUCCGUGGUUCGAACCCGACCUCGACCUCUCGACUACCCCUGUCUAGGCUUGGGCACCCUGGCAGUAUCCCAGCCCUCGUGCAACCUUCGGGUGAUUCUUCUCUGGUUGACAUGCUGGAUACAGAGGAAUCCGAGUCUCGGUCGCUCAAGCCUCCAAAACCGCUGUGCACGCAACGUGCCCGUCGAGGCAAUGAUUCUCAAGGUGGUGAUAGCCGCUCGAGGACCUCGACCACACAGCAACUACCGAGCACAUCCCAUCACGCCGAUGUGUCGCUUUCUGUACCACGUGGUGAAAAUUCUUUAGGAGGAUCAACUGCUUCGCUAAAUCAUUCGAGAACCUUGAUCAUGGAACAUACGCGUGAGCAUCAUGGGUGGUUCAGCUCUUCAGAUGAAGAACAACCUGAGGGACACUUCGUCGGAGCCCAGGACACUCUUGAUAAAUACUCUCACCGCAGCCCACAAGUUCGGUCCUUUACUCCAGGGUCAGUCAUUCAGCAUGAGGUGUCCGAAACACGUCCGAUUACGGAAUUGCGUCGUCCAAAUCACUCACCUGUUAGUACUGGUACAACUCAGACAAGUGCACCAGACAAGCAAGCCCCCUCUGAACGUGGAAGCCGUGAGGUGUUGACAAAUGCUGAGCGAAACACAGAUGAUGUAACGAUUUUGCUUUCCCAAAACGAUAUGUUCCGCAUUGUUUGGUUAGAGCGCGAACUUACUGACCGGAAGGUCCGUGGUUCGAGCCCGACCUCUGCCUCUCGACUUCUCCUGUCUAGGUUUGGGCAACCUGACAGUAUCCCAGCCCUCGUGCAACCUUUGGGUAGCAUGGCAGUUAGGCACCGAAAGGGCGCUACAGCUGAAUGA